CCUUAAGGAAUUUGGGUGGGACAGGGCUUGUCCUACCACAGCAACAAGAAUAUCCCUUCCUGGACAAAGAAAACAUCCAUACGAAACAACACAUUCGACAGGAGGUUCCCUCCCACUUUCCCCAGGGCAGCUUCAUGCACAGACAAGAUCAUGGAAGAUCCCGAGACCUACGACUCUUUCCAACACGAACUUGAGGCUUAUAUUAGAAAGCAGAAAGCCAGAGGCUUACAACCAAAGAUCUGCUUCAGAAAGGUGACAGAGGACUCGGCUCCCCAAGAAAGAGGCCGCAUGGGCGCCGCGCCCCCGGGCCUCUUCCCCUGGGGUCCGCCCAGGUUCCCAGCUCCCCACGAAAGUCUGAGGCCCACAGAGGGUCAGGUUCCCGCCUGGCCUGACACUGGUCACCCCAGACAAAGACUGGGAUUCCUAAACGGCUCUGCGCCCCCGGGCCUCUUCCCCUGGGGUCCCCCCAGGUUCCCAGCUCCCCACGAAAGGCUGAGGCCCACAGAGGGUCAGGUUCCCGCCUGGCCUGACACUGGUCACCCCAGACAAAGACUGGGAUUCCUCAACGGCUCUGAGCAGAGACGCCUGCGGUCCUUCCAAAGCACCUGGCUGCCGAGCCCACGUGGGCAGGAGGAGCCCGCGGGCCGCGCCGCCGGAGCAGGAGCACGAGGCGCGGAGGGCUCCGGACGCCCGGGCCCGGAGAGCCGCGGCCACCGUGCAGGAGGCCCAAGGGCCCGGGAGGAGGCCCAAGGAGAAGCCGCCGCCCAGGAGGCGCGAGCUGAAGCCAAGAGGAAGCGCCAGGCGGCGGCAGAAUCCCACAAGGAGAACGCAGGCCUGGGGCGGAGGAAGGCCGAGCCGCGCGGCCGCCAACGCCGAGAGCGCGAGCGCCACACACGGGCGGCCGCCAGGGCGGAGCGGCGGCGCGGCCGGGAGAAGCGGGCGCCGGGGAACGCCGGCUCUGAGGAGCGGGACCUGUGGGACGAAGCCAUCCUCGGCGGGGGCUGCUGAGGCCGCAGCCCCGGGCGGGGUGGGGGACAGGGAUCCGCCGCGAAGAACGCGCAGUCCCUGCCUCGCGUUCCGUUCUGGUACAGAACCCAGCUGGCGGACCCGCACACGGAUGAAAACCACGAGCGUGCAGACGCGUGAGAAGAAAAUGUAGGAAAAUUGCCUCAGACGUGGACGUCGCAGCAAAACACGGCAGCCAGGGGCCUUUCUGCAGCAAAAUUCCGUAGACAUAACUGCCAAAGCACUCGACGUUGGCGUCCAACAGCACGUUUCAGAUAAGCGCCGUAUAGACGCGUAGCCCGGCUCCAGAGACACUGCACGCUGAGAGCUGUGAGGACAGGAGCCGAGGGGAUGGGGGAG